GAAAUAUGAGCGGAAUGGGCUGAAAAAAUGGAAAUACUAGCCAGUUUGCAAGUCAAGCGAGUGAAAUGGUCGGAGUUUCCCCUCCUAGGAGAGCUCUGUAGUACGCGGUUAAAGCAUUAAUGGAAGUUGUAUGCGUAGUUGUCCCUUCUCCUGCCACCUCUGAAGUGUGUCAACACCGUGUUUCAAGAAGAGGCCCCUGCUGCUGCUGGCGGCGCCAUUUUGAAUCCAGCACCUUUUUUUUUUUUUUGUUAGCGCUGGUCGUCCACCAUCAGUAAAAGCUGUGUGCCACCCCCACGCGUCACAAUGUCGGUGAGAGGAAAAAAGCACUUGAUUCACACAUUUUCUCCCCCCUCCCCCCCCUCUCGCCCCUUACCUACCACUUCUCUGGAGAGUAGGCCUUUCCUCUUCUCCGCGACCAGGCGGCCUAUUGUUCGGGAGUGGCUGGCGGGUUUCACAACAAGGCCUGCUUUGGUGGCUUUUCAACCAGUGGGGGCUGUUAUGGAUGGAUCAGUGGACUUGAACCCCCCCACCCCACCCCCUUCUCUUGUAGUGUUCAUAUAAGGCGAGUCCUUAAGUGCGAAUAUAUAUUUAGAAAGCCCCAAACAAAGCCCAGAUCAAAAUGGCGUGGUCUCAAAAUGGACGCUGAUAUAAUCCACGCUCACGCAGUGUGGAAAGCUGGCCACUUACUAGUUCUUUUUCCACACCAAUCCCCCCCCCUUCUCCCUCUAUGGACACUAUUCCCUACAUGAAAUCCCCACUUUGGCAUGGUAAAGAACAUUUUGUGCGGGCCCGGACGCUGGAGGCAUCGCUGCUUCAGAUGGGGGACCUCCUGUGUACCCGAGGAUCAUAUCUGGAGGCGCAGAUGGCAAGAGAAGAGUGGGCUGUUAUGCCUAAACAGCUUCCCGACAAGUGGCAGCACGACAUGUACGACAACGGCUUCAGCGGCUUCAAUGGCGCUGCUGGGGGUGGCGGAGGAGCCGGCGUGGAAACCGGAGGGAAGCUCCUCGUCUCCAAUCUCGACUUUGGAGUCUCGGACGCAGACAUUCAGGAACUGUUUGCUGAAUUUGGGACCCUGAAAAAAGCUGCUGUUCACUACGACCGAUCAGGGAGAAGCUUAGGAACCGCAGAUGUCCACUUUGAAAGGAGGGCAGAUGCUCACAAAGCAAUGAAACAGUACAAUGGCAUCCCACUUGAUGGGCGGCCCAUGAACAUACAGCUCGUCACAUCACAGAUCGACACACAGAGACGACCUAUGCAGGGUUUGAGCAGAGGUGGUGGAGGCAUGAACAGAGGUCGUGGGGGCAGCUUCGGGGGGAUGCAGAGAGGCCGUGGCGGACGUGGAGCAGGCGGUGCCAGGGGAAGGGGCCGAGGCGGUCGAGGCGGAAACACCAAGCAACAGUUAUCAGCAGAGGAACUCGACGCUCAGUUAGACGCCUACAACGCCAGAAUGGACACCAGCUAAGAAAUGAAGCUCCUCCUGGUUGUUGUGCCCUUCCUGUCUGCACAGAAGGGUGGUUGUUGCAAAUGUGCAGAAUAUUUUACACUUGGUUGUCUUCUGAUGUGAUUGAAAUUAUUGUUCCAACCUCUUCUUUUAAAUGCUCCGAAGUGUUUUUUACCAGAUUUUUUUUCUCAUGAAAAAGGUUUUGGCUGUAGGUUAUUGUUAAAUGGGUUCGCCCAGUUUUUUCCUGUACCCUGUAGUUAAUGGAACUUGUAAUAAAACCUGCAGUGCAUAUUAACCAAC